AUGUCGUCAAAGAACGAAGGCGAGCCGGAUGAAAUCACCGGACAAAGUGCUCUCCCCAUCUCGCGAAUUAAAAAGAUUAUCCAGCUAGACGAGGACAUCGUUCAAUGUUCGAACAAUGCGACUUUUGUCAUUGCCAUGGCUACCGAGAUGUUCAUUCAGUACCUCGCAGAACAAGGACAUAAUGUCGUCAAGUCUGAGCGGAAACCACGAAAGACCGUCCAAUACAAAGAUCUGGCUACGGCAGUAUCACACAUCGACAAUCUCGAGUUUCUUGCCGACGUGAUCCCGAAGACCACGACCUAUAAGCAAUUCAAGGAGAAGAAGGCGAAGGAGGCGGCGAAAUCGGGUGAUAUGGAGAAGGGCCAGCGCACUCUGAACGGGAGUGUACCCGGGAACGUGAACGGUGCAGCACCAGACGAGGCACCUCCACAGGCAGAAGAGCCGAAGACAUCGCCGAUAGUUCCCCGGACCCCAGUGGUCCCAGUCAGUGCCUUGAUCGCGGAUCGCACGGUUGAGCCUGCGGCCAGCCAUGACCCGGAUAUCGAAAUGAAAGAUUGA